GCUUUGUUACGAAGGGGAUUUUAUGGGAGGAGUGCCCAAGGGAUCCGGUACUGGAACGCUCACUCUGCUGACGGCAGAUCCACGACCGCACCCAUCACCGCCCAUCUCAGCAGAGGUUCGGUGUUUCAUUCCGCAAAUUGAUGUUUCUGGUCAAUAUAAAGGGACGUGGCUCAAUGGAUUGCCGAACGGAGAUGGAGAUUGGCAGUGGGUAAAUAAACAGAGUUAUCGAGGUGCUGUGAAGAACGGGAUACCACAGGGUUCAGGGGUCUUUAUAACACCAAAGGUGCACUAUGAAGGCUCAUUUAUCGGUGGACUUCCUGACGGCUACGGCAAGAUUACUUGGAAGGGCACUGAAGAAAAAAAAGAGGACACGUACGAGGGCUCGUGGAAGGAAGGAUAUUUGGAUGGAGAAGGCAAAUUGAUACUGCAUGACGGCUCCACGUACACUGGUGAGUGGAAAAGUGGAAUUAAGGAGGGAAACGGAGUGGAUUUUGUCGUGAAGAAGUACCACUACAGCGGAGAGCUGAAGGCGGGCAAGCGUCAUGGCAAGGGAACAAUUUCCAUGUUAAAGGAGUGUUUUAAAUAUGAGGGUGAGUUUGUUAUGGAUGAGCUCACUGGAAAUGGUACAAUGACGUUAGAAGACGGUACAGUAAUAAUAGGAGGCUUUGCCAAUGGUAAACCGCAUGGAAAUGUGAAAAUCACGCUCCCGACGCAGGAUGGGUUUCAGGGUGAGUUCAAAAAUGGUGUGGUCAGUGGCCGAGGCACCCUGUUUUACAAUGGAGAUAAGUACGAGGGUGAAGUUGCCGACAGUGGAAGGCCGCUGCCGAUGCGCCAUGGACGUGGAGUUUAUACUUUUGUUGGGGGUAAUGUUCUUGAGUGUACAUGGAAGCGAAAUGUCCUGCACGGUGAUGGUAUCUAUACAACGUCCACGGGUGAUCGAUCGACACGUUCCUACGUAGACGGAGUGCUUAAAGCCGUGUCGCCUCAGAGCACCGAUGCGCCUCUUUCCCAGAAAGGAUUUCCCAUAGAAUUAUCAGAGGAGGCGUUGAUGGAGCAGCAGCAGCAGCAGCAAUUGAACAAGAAACAGGUUGUGUCUAUUCGUCGCUCGCUUCCCAAUCGAUCCUCCGGCAAGUCGUUUCAGCGAAGUCCGACGAGGCAGAUGGAUUCAUCCGGCGCCACGAGGAGCCCCGUCACGAUGCCAAAAGUGAAAAGCUCAAGUAUCUCCAUAAUGACUACGCCGAAUCCGGUGAGUCCGCGAAGCGCCGCGGUGGCAUCGCCUUCAUUCUCGUUUAAAUCGGUGCUCCGCAUUUCUGAAUCCCCCGUAAAGCCUCUCAACGCCAUGGCUAUAGUGCGACGUAGAACUGUGACUGGAGUGGCGGGGAAGGGGAUUGAAGCCGGCGGCAGUAGUCAUCUACUUCCAUUCACACGGUUUGAUGACGGUAUCAAGGGGCUGCCAAGGUGCACCGAGAGCUCUGAGGAGUGGAAGGGGGCACAGCCCAAUACCUUUCCCCCUGUCGCUGGGGGAGACAAGGGGCUGGUGCAGAGUACCGUCGCCGCGCGUGAAGCCCGCGAGGGCGAGAUUCAUUCCCUAACGGAGGCCCUUCGGAGGAUCAACGAACAGAUUUGGCAGGAAAGUUUCAUGGCGGACUCUCCGGUAACGACAGGAAAUGAGGGGCUGAAGUUGACGAAUGCAAGCAGGUUCGACCAAUUGGAGUCUCUUCAGCUGGAGAGAAAAGACAUUGUCGACAAGCUGAGCGUCAUCCUGCGGUAA